UAGGCAGAGAGAGCAAUGGGGAGAAAUGAAGAAGAACUAGAGCUGAAACAGUGCCCAGCCUAAUUCCCUGCUUGUGAUCACAGAUACUCCAAGUGAAAGAAACAGGAGAAGGGGGGGAGAGAGUUAAUCAGCUCUGCCUUUUGCACCAGGCUCGGAAGAGAAGUGCCUGUAGAUAUUUAUAUAUAUAUAUUUAAGAAACCGACAACCACCUUACACUGAAUAGACCCUUUCUUAAAAAGAAAGUCCUGGCAAGCCUUAAGCAAUUUCCUGAGUCUAAGAAUAGAAAUGGGCUGUCUGGAAGGCACUGCAGGCUGAAAUUUGGAGACCUAGGUUGCUUCAUUUUUUAUUUUAAUUUUUUUAAAUAAAACCCUGCUAUUUGGAAACUGGAUUUUCAUUUUGCACUUUUAAACUGUAGGGGUUGGUGGGGUUUAUUUUUUCUUCCCCCCCAUCACCCUCUCUCUUUUUAACUUAAACAAACUCUCUGUCCUCCAGUAGAAAAACAUUUUACCUGCAUGUGACAAUCCCAAAGGGAGCUGAGCAGCGAAAGAGGGGAAGCAACUAUCUUCUGCACCAUUUUACUCCUACCCCCCCACGGGUUUUUUUUCUAGUGGGGGGGGAAGAAGGAUCUUUCCCCUCCAAGGUUUUCUCUCCCCUGGGUUUUUGGAAGGGGGCUGAAGACUGUUCCCCCUAUCGGUGGGGAAAGGAAGAGGGCGUGUUGCCCUUCAUAUUCUCUUGCUUUGGUUUUGUGAAGGGCUGGAACAGUUUUGGGGGUUUGGGGUCUUCCUUCCCCGCCUGGGUCAAGAGGAUGGUUUGGAAAUGGCUGGGCGCUUUGCUGCUUUUCCCCGUGCAGAUGGUCUAUUUGGUGGUAAAAGCUGCCGUGUGCAUCCUGCUGCCGGCCAGGCUCCGGGACUUGUCCGGGGAGAACGUGCUGAUCACCGGAGGGGGCAGAGGCAUCGGUCGCCACCUGGCCAGGGAGUUUGCUAAGCGAGGAGCCAGAAAGAUCAUCCUGUGGGGUCGAACCGAGAAGUAUCUUAAGGAAACCACAGAGGAGAUUAGAAUGAUGGGAACGGAGUGCCAUUACUUAAUUUGCGAUGUGGGAAAUCGAGAGGAAGUCUAUCAGCAAGCCAAAGCUGUCCGGGAAAAGGUGGGUGAUAUCACCAUCCUAGUGAACAAUGCUGCUGUCGUUCAUGGUAAGAGCUUGAUGGACAGCGAUGACGAUGCUCUACUCAAAUCACAACACAUAAAUACCCUGGGACAGUUCUGGACCACCAAGGCCUUCCUGCCACGCAUGCUGGAGCUGCAGAAUGGGCACAUUGUUUGCUUGAACUCUGUCUUGGCCUUGUCAGCCAUCCCUGGUGCCAUUGACUACUGCACCUCCAAAGCCUCUUCCUUUGCCUUUAUGGAGAGCCUGACCUUGGGAUUGUUGGACUGUCCUGGAGUGAAUGCUACAACAGUCCUGCCAUUCCACACCAGCACAGAGAUGUUUCAGGGCAUGAGAAUAAGGUUCCCCAAUCUUUUCCCCCCACUGAAGCCAGAGACAGUGGCCAGGAGAACAGUAGAAGCCGUUCAGCUGAACCAAGCCUUCCUCCUCCUUCCGUGGACAAUGCAUGUACUUGUCAUCUUGAAAAGCAUUCUCCCUCGGUCAGCACUUGAAGAAAUCCACAAGUUUUCUGGAAGCUACACCUGUAUGAACACGUUUAAAGGGCGAACAUAGACCUGGCCGUACUUAGACUCAUUCGAAAGUGAAGCCAACACAAGCAUUAAAAUCCUGACAAGAUUGUGAAUCAGCAGUCUUGGCUUUUAGCCUGCCUUGCUCGCGUGACUUGUGCUGCUCUCAGGCAACAAAUUUCUUGCAGGUCAUAUUCGUAGCAACACGACCUUUGCACAGGACCGCAUGGCUAGACUGGACUUUUGGCCGGAACAACAAAAAUGUUGAGCUUGUACAAUGUUUAAUUCUUUAGAGUUUGAUUGUUAAAUCUGCUCAUAGUUUUAAGAUUUAAUUGUCAUUUGAAAUGUACCCUUAGGCUGCUAAAACCAGGGCACAGUACGUCCCUCCCCACUCUGCUAACAGGAAAAGCAACUAGUGUUCAUUUCAGAUCAGCUUUUUGAAUGAGAAUUUUAAAAAUGGCUUUGCAGGGUUACUAGCUAAGGGUGUUGAUUGGGAUCCCACUUUUUCUCCCCUCACUGCAUUGGGUGGCUGUACCUUACAGCUAUUGAAGCAGAUCAUUCCUCUAAUUCCUUCGGCAUCUCUGGAAAGGAGCAAACAGCUGGUCCGCUCAGGGGCCACUCAAGAAGCCUGCAUGUGGAAGGACAGCACUAGCCAUAGCAAGUCUUUAUUGCUGCCUGUCCAAAUGCUGAAGUGGGAGGCUCAGAAAGAACAGUGAAGAGACAGAUUUCAUGAGAUGGACAAUCUGAUUAGCGGAAGGUCCCGCCUGCCGCUGAAAUCAUUUACAGAAAAUAAUGGUCUUUCUGAAUAUUUUUGUUAAUUUAGGGUGAAAUAUAAUUUCCUUUUAGCAAUAAUCACUAGAUUUCCUCUCAUUUAGCCAGUGUUGGCUUGGAAACAAACUAACCUUAGGGCCUUCCUCAUCACACCCCUAUUCACCCAAGCAGUCCUUACACCGAGAGAUCCCACUGGUCACCCCGCAUAGAGAAGUAAAUGGAAUAUGUUCCAAAAAGCAGAAGGGAUGUAACACGUGGCCAUGAAACAUGAAGGUGGGAAGCGCAGUUAGGAAAGGCCUGAUCUAAGACCCACUGAAAUCAAUGGGGAUCUUUCCAAUGUCUUAUGUGAGAGUUGGCUCAAGCCUUAAAUGAGCUGAAAAAGGGAGGAAGCCGUGAGGUAGACUUCCCAACUAGACGUUCAUUUUUAUUGUUUGGGCCGGGGGCGGGGUUUGUACAAUACAGUUUCUUUAACAACCCAGUAAAGUACAGCAACACAUCCCCAUGACCCAUCCAGUGUGCAGCCCUGGGCAUACUACCAUGUAUUAAACAUAAGAACACAACCGAGAGAGGAAUUAAUCCUAACUGCAGCGUAGAUUGACUGCGGGUGUGAUAUGUGAGCACCUCAAGAAAAGUGCUUUAAGGACUGUCUUGUGGCCAAAGCACAGGAGUGUGAGAUAGGAUUCCUGCCUUCUGUUUGCAGCUCUGCCUCGGAUUUUGUGUGUGACCCCGGGGCAAGUCACUUCUCUCACUGUGCUUCAGCUUCCCCACCAGCAAAGUCAGGGAUACCAAUAUUUCCUGAUCUCACUGUUGUGAGGCUUGGUUCCUUAAUGUUUGUCAAGUGCUUUGCAGUCCUCAGAAUGGUAGGAGCAAAGUGUUAUUUGCUUACAGGCUGAGAGGUUACUUGCAAAAAUGUAGAGACAAGAGGAAAAAUCCACAUAAUAAAACAUCUCUUUCUAGAGGAGAUCUGUGUUUCGUUGGAAAAGCUGGAAGUGGAUCCUAGCAUUUGGAUGCUCUUGUUGUUCUCUUGUGUAGCAUGGAUAGCAGAGAGCUAGGUUUGGUGAUACUCUUAAAAUCUGAGGGUCUGAUCUUUGGUUGUUGUAUUCUGUGUAGAUUCAUCAAUGAAUGGAUUUUGCCAAUUGUACAACCUUCGGCAGUGGUAGGUAGUCCGUCGGCUGCAUGUGGCCCAUCAGGGUAAUCUGAUGGCGGGCCGCGAGACAUUUUGCUGAUGUUGACUGUCUGCAUGCACAGCUCACCGCAGUGCCCAGUGGCUGCGGUUCACUGUUCCCGGCCAAUGGGAGCUGCAGAAGCCCCACUGACCUAAGGGCUUGUCUACACUUGAAACACUACAGUGGUACAGCUGCACCACUGUAGCAAUUCAAUGUAGACACUGCCUAUAUUGACAGGAAGGGUUCUCCUGUUGGUAUAGAUAAUCCACCUGCCCAAGAGGCAGGAGCUAGAAUUCUUCCAUCGCUCUAUCACUGUCUACACUGGGGUUUACGUUGGCUUAACUACACUGCUUAGGGGAUGGAUUUUUCACAUCCCUGAGUGAUGUAAACUGGGUAGACUUAACUUUAAAUGUAGAGGCCGAUUCUGCAAAGAAAUUGAUCCAUGCAGACUUUUUUGCCUACAUAGAGUCCCAGAGAAGUGAAUAGGAUUCCACCAGAGUAGAUCCCUUUGCAGGAUAAGGGUCUUGGGGAUCUUUAUUGCAAUGAUGGUAUCCAACUUCCCUAGCUCUGGAGAUUUACUUGUAACUCUUCUUUCCUCCUGAGGUCAGGAUCCACAUUAUUAUUAUUAUGGCAUCUCCUUUGAAAAGGCUUCCUACAGUGGGGUUUUGUAUUGAUUCCCUAGAUAUCUGCAGCUCUGCUCCCCUAGUGGGCUCUUGGAGGUUUAUUUAUUUUCUGAGAAGUGGGAGAAUUUGUCAAGAGCUCUAGUUAGUUCAUGGGAGAGCCCUUCCAGGGAUCUGCCAGGAAUACAAAGGUACCAUCUGUAUUGAGAUCCAUUUGGGGUGAGGGGAGACACUGCCCUCCUCCUCCUCUCCCCGUCUAAUCCUGUGUGUUUUCUCAUUAGCCGUGAUCAGGCAUGCCAGCCUUGCAGCUGUAAGAACAAACAGAAUUGGUGGAAGGGGGCUUCCCUGCUGGGUGUCUACCCUUAAAUUAAAACUUAGUUUUGAGGGUCCAUUCAUUAAGAACAUGCCCAUUCAAAGAGGAGGUAAAAGAAGCAUUCCCUCAGACUAUACUGAAUGGCCCCACCGCUGCCAGUCGAUGGACCUGCUCCUUCCCUGCACACUCAGUGCUGUCUGUUUCUUUCUAAUGGCUAUGAACAAGUCAAAUGCCACCCGGGACUCACCCUUCCCCUCCCCACCCACACACCCCUCCCCUCAGGGUCUCUGAGCGGACAGCAGGUCAAAUAGCAGUCACAGUGGGGGAGAGGUAUGCAGCAAACAGAACAUAACAAGGAAAACAUUGGCGCUUCGCUUUAGAAUUCGAGUUGGACAAGAUCCCUCCCUCUGGUGCUAAGAGAAGGAAUGUUAUGCGUCUUUAUGAACUCAUUUCUUGUUUGGCUGGAUACAUUCUGAAGACUUUGUUUCGCUGAGAGACGCCUCUGGAAUGCUUAGUGAGGUCUUCUGUCCCCUUAGACAUAAGGUUGACAUGGGGUAAGCUGGAGGCACGGCUCAUGCAGGCAUGCUUUGUAGAAGCCUUAAGGCUUCUGCAAAAGAAUUUCCGCCCUUCCACUUCUUUUAAUUUUGGUUUUCCCUGCUCUCUCCACCCUUUUUUUUUUUUAAUCCCUAUAUCAUUAUUGCACAUUUCAGUGCCACCAUCUUGUAGCCAGAUGUCAAACACAGGGUCUGGAAUAAAUCUAAGACAGAGGUAUAUAUUUAUUAGCCUGUCGGAGAAGGAGUCAAGAUGAGGCUGCGGGAACAGGCCGUUGAGGUCUCCUGUGACAUUAGCAAAGCUUUUUCAGGUUUUCUCUGCUUGGCCCAACUUGUGACCCAAUAGAAAAGUACCUAGAGUGCAUUUUAUUUUCCCUGUGCAGGAGGCAGCUGCUGCCCCUGUUAGAACUAGAUUGGUAGGAAAACUUUACAUGUUGUUGGACUUGUUCUGUCCUGCCUUAAAGCCUGCAGAGUGCCUGGGGUUUAAGUGGGGGCAUAGGGCAGUGCUGUGUGUUGUCAGAGGCUGGUAUUUGCACGGGAUGAUUUGCAGAGUGGGUGGAUGGGGGAUGGGUCCUCCCCACUUCACUUUGUUUAAUGAAAAGCCAUGCCACUUAGUGCUACCUGGGGCACUUAGAAGCAAAAAAAAUAAAAAUAAAAAUUGCCCUCUUCAGCUGUAUGCUUUAUGCUGAGUUGGUUUAGAAGAAUCCAGAGAAGAGCACGAGCUCCCCUUGAUGCACUGACGUCCUGCACCCCCAUUUCUUUCUUCAAGUUAAGCAUUGAUGGAGACUAUCCACAUAGGCCUCCUGGGAUUGUAGCGCCUGCCUGGGCGAGUGACUGCAGCAUUUGCAAAGAAAAUCUUUUACACGUUUCUGUGCUGUGUUAAUCCGCGUGGGUAGGAGUGAUUAGAUCUAGGUUUACAAGCCUUUCAGACUGCUCCCACUACCCCCGCCCCCCCGGGCAUUCAGAUACUAACAGAUCAUGCUACACUUGCCAAAUCUCAAAAAGCAACAGGCCAAAUUCAGACUCAGCAUAAGUGGGUGCUUCGUCUUUAGUGGGGCCACACCUGUAGGCAUUUGGCCCAAGGUUAUUUUUCUUUCAUUGAAAUCAAGCUGCUUUUCUGCCUGAAAAAAGGAUUAACAGCGCAGCCGUGGAGCAACCACUUUGUAUUUUCUGGUUUCCUUGCACGGCAGCACUGGCUUUAAUAAACUGAUUCAAGGUGAUAAAUAUUGUCGCUCUUUGGCUGAGCCUGUCAUAAGUUUUUGGCAUCUGGCAAGAUGCUGAUGAGGAUAACUUCGUGCACUUUCGGCUGCCAGCGUCACCAAGCAAACAGCAGUGUCAAAAGUGGUCUCUUUACAGCCACCAUCUCCAUCGUGGAUAUUUCACGUUUGAGCCAGCACUGUAAGUCAUUGGCCACAGGAAAUGCUCUGCCCCCUUGAAUUUCCCUCCAGUUUUAUCUGCCUCCCCAGCGUCAAGCUGUUCCCCAGGCCCUCCCUGCUGCAGGGAUGCUCUCUCCACUUUAUCAAAUUCCUGACUGAUAAUUCAGCGCUAUAAUGUGGCCAUCUAACUCCCAGCUGUGUCCCAGAGCUGCCUGUGCUUUUGGGGGCGAUUGUGCCCUCAGCACCACAUAAGGGUUGUCACUUCUGAGGUACAAAAUCCCAGGACAGCUGAACCGUUUCAUCUGGGAGAGCUACUUCAAAAAAGGGAUGAUCCUAGGAAAACCUGGACAGGUAGCA